AUGAGCGUGUCUCUCAGCGUUUCUCGACCUCUUAGUAAACGUCAGCCGUACGACCAGGCCAAUGCACUUCUUCCAUCGUCGCCAAUCAAGUUCGAUUCAAACCACAUCCUGUCCGACUUGCCUGACUUUACGGUGCAUGAAGAGGACCACGAACGUCCGACGGAGCGUGCACUUGCACAACGGCUGGCGAAGCAUGCUGCUGGUGAGGUCAAUGACCGAUAUGCUCUCACCAUCAAGGAUCUCGUCAAAACCUUGACCGAUGUGAAGCAACACGAGCCACACUGGGCGACGACCAAGCAACUGGAUUUGCAUGAUCAGGGAUUGCGAUCUGUGUACGGGCUCGACGACUUUUGCGGCGGCUUGCAAGAUAUGGACGUCUCCGGUAACGAUAUCUCUUACCUUGAGGGCGCUCCAGGUACCCUGAGAAAUCUGAUCGCCAAGAACUGUUUGUUGAGCAGCCUUACGCCUUGGACGCACUUGAUGAAUUUGCAAUACUUGGACAUCUCCGGAAACCAGAUGGAUAACGUCACUGGCCUAGAGUGUUUGAUACACCUUCGAGAGCUUCGUGCGGACGACAACAAUAUCGAAAGCCUAGAUGGUGUACUUGGUCUCGAUGGCUUGCUGAAGUUUAGAGCAAGAAGAAAUAAGCUUCGUAGUCUUGAGCUCGAAUACAGCCAAUGGCAACGACUGGAAGAAUUGGAUCUUUGCGGUAAUGAAAUUUGCCGUGUUCGUGGCUUGCAUGCGCUGGAAAAGCUUCACACCUUGCGACUGGACGGCAAUCACUUCACGGUUCCAUUUGAGACUGGACAUGAGCUGCCGAAUCUGAAGCACCUUAGCUUGCAAGAUUGUGAGCUUCGACGCCUGAACACGGUCAGUAUGCCAGCUUUGCGAACUUUACACCUAGAUCGAAACUGCCUCGCUACUGUCUCUGGCAUUGAGGCUUGUAAGCAACUAGAUGUCUUGUCCAUGCGCUGCCAGUCACUGCGUCAGAAAGGCCAGCGCCUACAAAUUCUGGAGCACCCGCUGCAUGCUCGAACAAUGAGGCUGUCUGGCAACAAUGUGCCUUCGCUAGAUCUUCCUGACUCGCUCCUCAGCAUGCAGCACCUCGAGCUUGCUUCAGCAGGCUUGCAGGAGUUGCCUGAUGACUUUGGUCUCAAAUUACCCAACCUCGUCACGCUAAACCUCAACUUCAAUUCGCUCAAGGACAUCCGACCUCUUCUCAAUAGCCAAAAGCUCGAAAAGCUGACAGUAUGUGGCAACCGUCUGGAACGUCUCCGGAAGAGUGUUGCCACCCUGUCCAAGAUUUCCACACUUCGGGAGCUGGAUCUUCGAGACAACAUCCUGACACAAGGCUUCUAUGCUCCGAUCACUGCCACGCCUGCGACUACGGUUCACACUAGCGUCGUGCGUCGCGACUCACGCCAACAGGAGGAAGUAGACGAAGACGAAGCCUGUGAAUCAAUUGAAGCUGCCAAGUACGUCCUUCCGCCUCAAUCUUCCCGAGAGACAAACAAAAUCCACCAUGACCGUCUGGAUGAGUCCACCAAGCUGCGUCGCAGAGUUUGUCACCUCAUGCUUGCACACUCUUGUCCUUCUUUAGGUCUCUUGGAUGGCACAAGCUUCGAGAAGAAAGACGCCAUGGUCAAAGAUCGCAUCUGGGAGCGCUUGAUUGAGUUGGGUAUAAUGAAAAAGAGUGGAAAAGUUGGGUUGAGGAAUGAGUCGCCAUAGCACAGUGAUCUUUCGCCAGCCAAAGGUGGCGGUGGCAGGGAUAGUGAUUGGUGUAGACGAUUGGAUUCGCUUCUGGAUUGGUACGAUCAAGGUGUGUACUAUUGAGGUCAAAGUGCCUGAGCAAGGGGUUUGGCGGCAAUGAUGGUUGUAUUAUUGAUCUGGCUUGAGCAUUGGUGUUGGCGGGUCAUGGUACGUGAGCAUGAAUUAAUGUAUGAACGCGAUAGAAGAAUUGAUUGCAUUGGGUAUGAAAAACUAC